CUACAGUUUUCCAGUUUUCAUAAUAAAUCCAUCCAAGGUGACCAAAUUUUCAAUUUUUAUCCCGGCGGUCGACGCGUCGCUGCGGUAGUGACCUGGCAUAGAAAACACGCAUUAGGUACACGUGGGACAAAAUGAUUCGAUAAGACAAAUAAGUCAGGGGAAUCAGCGCUGUCUAAUUACUCCGUACGUUUCUUCUCACGGCGUCGCAACCUUCACUUCUGCUGGCGAUCCGCCGAGGCACCAAAUCCCUCCUCCUUUCAAGUAGUCCUCAUCACCGCCGCCCGCCCCUUCGCCGCAGACGAAUACUACUACUGGAUUGACAUCUCAUUUUCAUAUCUGUGCGGUCUCCAAAGUUUUUUGCCGAUCGGAUUGCUGAGUGAGGAUUUCGCUACAAUUUCACCUGGUUGAUUCUUCAUCUCCUUCGGAUCUCUGCGUUAAAUGUUGAAAAUUUCAUCUCAGCUGCACCAUUUGGUGGAAAUAAAGCGUAAUUCGUCUUAAGGUUCCAUCAGCGUAUGAUCUAGGUUUCACUCUUCAUCAGCAACAAGGCAAGAUCAAAAUUCAGCGAUCAGGAUCGGGGGGUGACUUGCCCCUGGGCGGCGAGUUCAACCCUUUUCCAGUGGCUCAAAGGAUAAAUUCCUUCCAAACUGUUUGAAUGGAUGAUGAUAUUGAAGGGUUAGGCCCUUACCAAGAAAGGCCUAGAACAUUUCCAAACAUGCGCACCAAAUCUCAAGCACCAUGGUUUUUUCGUGUUCUCUUGAGGAUGAAUUUUCGCGUCCUUUUAGUGCUUCUACUCUUUUGUGUUGGAGGCAUAUUUUACAUUGGUGCUAGCACCUCGCCAAUCAUCGUGUUCGUGUUCUCAGUUUGCAUAAUCAGUUCCGUCAUGUCAAUUUAUCUUGCAAAAUGGGUGCUUUUAAAGGAUGAGGGGCCUCCCGAGAUGUCUCAGAUAUCAGAUGCAAUACGUGAUGGAGCUGAAGGCUUCUUUAGAACUCAGUAUGGGACUAUAUCUAAAAUGGCACUAUUACUUGGACUGGUUAUCCUAGGUAUAUAUCUUUUCCGAACAACAACUCCUCAACAAGAAGCGUCUGGAAUAGGCCGGUCAGCAACUGCAUACAUUACUGUUAUUGCCUUCCUUUUUGGGGCUUUAUGCUCCGGAAUUGCUGGUUAUGUUGGUAUGUGGGUGUCUGUACGUGCAAAUGUUCGUGUCUCUAGUGCAGCAAGGCGUUCAGCAAGAGAGGCUUUGCAGGUAGCUGUUCGUGCUGGAGGUUUUUCAGCCUUGGUAGUUGUUGGUAUGGCUGUAAUGGGUGUUGCUAUCCUUUAUGCAAUUCUUUAUGUGUGGCUAGGGGUAGAUUCACCUGGUGGAAUGAAGGCAGUAGAUUUGCCUCUACUUCUUGUUGGGUAUGGUUUUGGCGCUUCAUUUGUUGCCCUUUUUGCUCAGCUUGGUGGUGGAAUAUAUACAAAGGCUGCCGAUGUUGGUGCUGACCUUGUUGGAAAAGUAGAACAGGGCAUUCCUGAAGACGAUCCUCGUAAUCCUGCUGUUAUUGCAGAUUUGGUCGGAGACAAUGUUGGUGAUUGUGCUGCCAGGGGUGCUGAUCUUUUUGAAAGUAUUGCUGCAGAAAUUAUUAGUGCAAUGAUACUUGGUGGAACUAUGGCCCAUCGCUGCAAAAUUGAAGAUCCUUCUGGAUUCAUCUUAUUUCCUCUUGUCGUUCAUUCAUUUGAUCUGAUUAUUUCAUCUGUUGGUAUACUCUCUAUUCGGAACAGACGCGAGUCUAAUAUAAUUGGUGCUAUAGAGGAUCCUAUGGCAAUUCUUCAAAAGGGAUAUUCUAUUACAAUAAUUUUAGCUGUUUUGACCUUUGGACUGUCCACUCGGUGGUUAUUAUACACAGAACAAGCACCUUCUGCCUGGCUGAAUUUUGCACUCUGUGGGUUGGUUGGAAUUAUUACAGCAUAUGCGUUUGUUUGGAUAACUAAGUACUACACUGACUAUAAACAUGAACCUGUGCGCACCUUGGCUCUUUCUAGUUCAACAGGACAUGGAACUAACAUCAUUGCUGGUGUUAGUUUGGGUCUGGAAGCUACAGCUCUACCUGUCCUUGUCAUCAGUGUAUCCAUUGUCUCAGCUUUCUGGCUGGGUCGUACGUCAGGACUGAUUGAUGAUGCCGGAAAUCCAACUGGUGGUUUGUUUGGUACAGCUGUAGCAACAAUGGGAAUGCUGAGUACCGCAGCAUAUGUUCUUACCAUGGACAUGUUUGGUCCAAUAGCCGAUAAUGCUGGUGGAAUAGUUGAGAUGAGUCAACAGCCAGAAAGUGUUCGUGCAAUAACUGAUGUUCUUGAUGCGGUUGGAAACACUACUAAAGCCACAACCAAAGGAUUUGCUAUUGGAUCUGCAGCCUUAGCAUCAUUUCUUCUGUUCAGUGCAUACAUGGAUGAGGUCGCUGCAUUUUCUAAUGUACCUUUCAAGCAAGUUGAUAUAGCAAUACCUGAAGUAUUUGUUGGUGGAUUAUUCGGCUCUAUGCUUAUUUUUCUAUUCAGUGCAUGGGCUUGUUCGGCAGUUGGUCGGACUGCUCAAGAAGUUGUCAAUGAAGUCCGAAGACAAUUCAUUGAGAGGCCAGGAAUAAUGGACUACAAAGAGAAGCCAGAUUAUGGUCGAUGUGUAUCUAUUGUUGCAUCAGCAUCUUUAAAAGAGAUGAUAAAACCAGGAGCCUUGGCCAUUGUAUCACCUGCAGUUGUUGGCUUUCUGUUCCGGAUGUUGGGAUAUUACACGGGGCAACCACUGCUUGGGGCAAAGGUGGUGGCAUCAAUGUUGAUGUUUGCAACCGUGUCCGGUAUUCUGAUGGCUCUCUUCCUCAACACUGCUGGUGGCGCAUGGGAUAAUGCCAAGAAGUACAUUGAAACUGGUGCCCUUGGUGGCAAAGGGAGCGACUGUCACAAAGCAGCAGUUACUGGUGAUACGGUAGGAGAUCCUUUCAAAGACACAGCUGGACCGUCGCUGCAUGUACUCAUAAAAAUGCUUGCAACAAUUACUCUGGUAAUGGCUCCUAUUUUUCUAUGAAGAGAGUAAAAAACAAAACAUACUCCGUGAUAGUAAUUAAUUACUCCGUAAUUAAUUAAUUAGUACUACGUACACAAAAUUACACCGAUUAUAAUAAUUAAAAUGAAGAAGAAGAAGUAGUAGUGGUAGUGAUCUGAUGAUGAGGUGGCCUGCAGGGAGGCUACGGCGGCGGGGCGGGAGGAGUGGUGGGUGGGCACCUGGUGGUCGGAGAUACUAUUUGUAUAUCCUCCGUCAGAAAGGGCCGUAUCGGAAAUCGGUGAAUUUGGAUUUGAACCACUUGACGCUGCCUCGGAGAGUGGACUUGACCUUACCUUCGGUGGCCAGCAACUUGUACGA